UUUUCAAGCUUCAAUGGGAACUCAUCUUACAGAACUCUUCGCCCAGCCCCAUUUCGCUGCAGUUAGAUGACAUUUAUCAACAACUUUGUGGAAUAACGAAGAAUGAUGAUGAUGAUAUCACAGCGGCGUUUUAUCAAACACUUGAUAAGCAAAAGAAGGAAUGUUCCUUCACUCUCAGGACUGCAACAAGCAAGGCUCUGCUCUUCAUCCUCGUAUGCGCAACCUCCGAUCGCAACGGAAAAGAGCCGUCUCUACGUUUCAUUCUUCUGCACCCUCAUCCACCUCUUCCUCCGCUGUCGUCGGUUCUCGAAGGCGAAGGCCGCAUUAUCCACGAUGCGGAGUUGCAAUUUGGUCCCCGACCUCCGUUCCUGGAACAGCCUCCUGCUUCAUUUCAACGUUUCAGGGGCUGUUGAUCAGGUGAUGCUUCUGUACUUUGAUAUGCUCUCUUGUGGAGUUGUUCCAAAUGUGUAUACUCGAAACAUAGUGAUACAUUCUCUCUGCAAAAUAGGAAAAACUGAACAGGCUAUCGAGUUGGUUAGGAACAAUGAGAGUGAUACUGUUAGUUAUAAUACUGUUAUAUGGGGCUUUUGCAGAAAGGGGCUUGUACAAGCAGGUUUCGGGUUGGUAUGCGAGAUGGUCAAGAAGGGUGUUGCCGUUGACAGUUUCACUUGUAAUAUACUGGUUAAGGGGUUCUGUGAUAUGAGUUUGCUGCCUAAAGCAAGAUGGGUGAUGGAAAUGUUGUGCCAUAAUGGUGAGGCAAUUUCUACAGAUAUUGUGGGGUUUAACACCAUUAUUCAUGGCUAUUUUAAGGCUUGUGAAGUGAGUGAUGGUCUCGAGAUUACAGAGAGUAUGAGCCAGGUGGGUGUGUUACCUGAUAUUGUUACUUACAAUAUAUUGAUUAAUGGAUUCUGUGAAAUGGGAGAUUUUGAUACUGCCAAGAGUCUUAUGGAUGAACACUUGGAGUCUUGUAAAAAUGUUGAUGUUUGUUAUAAUUUAUCUCUUCUUCAUGACAGAUAUGGUAGGGAGUAUGAUAAUGGACAAACUACACAAAAUAUAGGUAGAAUGUUGGUUUUGAAACCUAAUCUCAUUACAUACACCACACUGAUUAGUAAAUACUGUAAACAGUCUGAGAUUGAGAAAGCACUUUGUACAUAUGAAGAGAUGACGAAGAAUGGGUUCUUGCCUGAUCUUGUUACUUAUAAUUCCCUCUUGCAUGGCCUUUGCAAAUGUGGCAGGAUUCUUGAGGCCAAACAACUUUUUGAGGAGAUGAAAAGUGUUGGUAUGGAUCCUAAUCAUGUUACCUACACUAUUUUGAUUGAUUCUUUACUUAAACAUGGGGAUGCUUGCGCUGCUUCUGCCCUUCAAUGCCAAAUGGUGGUUUGUGGAAUAAGCUUUGAUAAUGUGAUAUUGACCAGUUUGAUGGACGGGCUGUUUAAAGAUGGAAGAACUAGGGAUGCUGAGAACAUGUAUCGGACUCUUCUAAAGUUUAAGAUGGCUGCAAAUCAUAUCACUUAUACAGCAUUAGUAGAUGGGCGCAGCAAAUCUGGAGAUAUGAAGAGUGUUGAGUUUCUAUUGCAAGAAAUGGAACAGAAAAAUGUUGUGCCUAAUGUUCUUACAUUUUCUUCUGUAAUUAAUGGCUAUGUCAAAAUGGGAAGUCUUGAUGCAGCCAUUGGUUUCAUGAAGAAGAUGGUUUACAGUAAUGUCAUGCCUAACGUUUACACAUAUGGUAUUCUGAUUGAUGGGUACUUUAAGGCUGGUAAACAAGACAUAUCUCUUGCCCUGUACGAGGAAAUGAAAUUGAGUGGCUUACUGGAAAAUAAUUUCAUACUGGAUGCCUUCAUAAAUAAUUUUAAGAGGCAGGGAAAGAUGGAAGAAGCAGAGGCCUUACUAGGAAACAUGGUGUCUGCUGGAGUCAAACCUGAUCAUGUGAACUAUACAUCGUUGAUGGAUGGGCUCUUUAAAUCAGGAAAGCAUUCGGCUGCUCUUGAAUUGGCCCAAGAGAUGAAAGAUAAUGGUCUAGGGUUUGAUACAGUUGCUUACAAUGUAAUACUGAAUGGGCUAUUAAGGAUUGGGCAAUAUGAAGUUCACUCCAUCUACAGUGAAAUGAGGAGCUUUGGGUUAGUUCCUGACCUUCUGUCUUUCAACACCAUGAUCAAUGCUUGCUGCAAGGAGGGUAAACUGGACAGUGCUUUCAGUAUUUGGAAUGAGAUGAAGAGGUAUGGACUAAAGCCUAAUUCAGUUACCUGCUAUAUUAUGCUGAAGGGACUUUGUGAAGUUGGUGAAGUUGGUAAAGUCACAGAGUUGUUGAAUGAUAUGCAUAUUAUGGGUCUUCAGCCUACCCAAUCUAUUUAUAAAGUUUUGAUUGGUUCUGCUUCAAAAAAUAGAAAAGCUGAGUUGAUUCUAGAAAUGCAUGAGCGACUUAUUAGCAUGGGGCUUAAGCUCAACCAGACAGUUUGCAACACACUCAUAAAUAUCUUAUGUGGGCUAGGGAUGACUGCAAAGGCAACAGCACAACUGAAGAAAAUGAGAGAGACAGGAUUUUUGGCUGACACUAUCACAUAUAAUUCACUGAUUCAUGGAUAUUGUAAAAGCUCCUUUAUUAAUAAAGCUUUAGAAACAUAUUCCAAAAUGCUGGUUGAAGGAGUUUCUCCUAAUGUUACGACAUACAAUAAUCUCUUUAGGGGUCUAACAGCUGCUGGAAGGUUUCAAGAGGUAUCUGAAUUACUUAAUGAGAUGAAGCUAAGGGGUCUUGUUCCUAAUGCUAAUACAUAUGAUAUUUUAGUCUCAGGCUACGGAAAGUUAGGAAAUAAAAAGGAAUCUAUAAUGCUUUACUGUGAAAUGAUAACCAAAGGCUUCGUUCCUCGUGUUAGUACUUAUAAUGUACUCAUAAGUGAUUUUGCCAAGGUGGGGAAGAUGAAACAAGCUCAAGAACUUAUGAAUGAGAUGGAAGGUAGGGGAGUAAAACCAAAUGCUUCAACUUAUGACAUACUUAUUUCUGGAUGGUGCAAGCUAUCAAAACAAGCACAGCAUGAUAGAUCUUUAAGAGCAUCUUGCCAAACUGAGACAAAGAGGUUACUUAAUGAGAUGAAUGGCAAAGGUUUUACUCCAUGUGAAUCCACCCUUUGUUACAUAAGUCCUGCUUUUACAAAACCAGGAAAGCAAGGCGAAUGGUGGUUGAAUAAUUUUUACAAGGGAAAAGGAAGUUGACUGUUUAGGAAGUAAACAAUCUGAACUCCAGGAUAGAUAAUGUGUGAAGAACAGCAAGCAUUUGAAAUUAAAAGCAAAGGAUCUGUGUAAGCAAUGUGGCAUGCCAAGUAGCAGGAAUGUCGCUCCAACCAACUAGGAAUAUGUGAAAGUUAUAUCAGGAAAUGCAAUGCAGUCAAAUUAUGGAUUUGAUGGCCUGAUAAAUGCUUGUUGGAAAUAUAAGAUGUUCCAAAAGGAGAUGAAAUCCAUCCCACUGGUGGAUUCCUUGUAUCAGUUAUUCAUGAGAGGGAUGAUGCUAUCCUCAAUUAUGCCAAGCGCAGAAGCUUCAUGGAGGACACCUUGUGAGCCAUGAAAGGGCAUAAGAGAGCGUAAGAUUGAUCUGGUGUCAAUACCAGACUAAGCCGCCUUUCAAGAUUUACACGGCAGAAAGGCUACAAGUCUUACCCUUUUUUAUAUGCCUCUUCGUACUGACAUUUGAGUACAUGCAAAGACCGUUUACAAGUAUAAGACCAGUACAACUUGGAACUACCCUUACAUGAUGAGGUGAAACGCUGAAGCCAGUUUCAGGGGAAUUUGAUUAUUCAUUACCUAGUGACAGCAGCUUGCCCCUUCAUCCUUAUUUUGCAACCACUAAAUAUCGUAGUUGCUGACAUUGAUUCCCUCAUAAGGUGAUUGCAGGAAGGUAUAGCAGAGAAGGGGAAAAGCUUGUACCAAAACCCUAGUAUGAAAAAUUUUGGUCCAUUUAGCUGACCCAUCAGAAAAUGCUGCAGUGAAGACAAGCCAAGUUCUAUGUGAAUUAGUUAAUUCAUCCACUGCUAAUCUCCUAUACUAUUAGCAUGUUAAUAAUUGAUGCUCAAAGACUUCCCUAGAGUUGUUAGUUAUGAUUACUGUCUAUUUAAGGUAUGAGUUGAGUAAUGCUAGAUAUCCCUCUUACUUUUUCCCUCCAAUUCAUCCCUCGUGAUGUGCCAUUAGUUAAUUGGUUACUAAUUUUAUUUUUUAAAUUAGUGGUGGGUUAGUCAAUUCAUUGCACCCAAUGAGUGAAAACCACAUCAUGAGAAAAAUCUAGGAGGGGAAAUUCAGGAGGGGUAAAAAGUAUUUUCCUUAA